UCACUCUGGACGAUACCCAACAUUCUCACAUAUACAAGAAUCAUAACUACACCUUUCAUUGGGUACUUCAUUGUCCAGGGAGAGACUUCUUUGGCAUUACUGCUCUUUGUCUACUCAUCCAUCACUGAUUUUGUGGAUGGUUAUAUAGCCAGACGUUUCAAUAUGAAGUCAGUUGUAGGUUCUAUCAUAGAUCCAUUAGCAGAUAAGUUCCUUAUGACAGUGUGUACUUUGUCAUUAGCAUACGUCAGUUCUAUUCCUGCUCUCGUGGCCAGCGUUAUCAUAGGCAGAGACGUCAUGUUGAGUUUCAUGUCUUUCUACUAUCGCUAUAAGAGUCUAGAACCUCCAAGAACUCUAGACAAAUUUAUCAGCAUUAGACUGAAUCCUACAAUCACAGUUCAUCCUAACUUAUUAGGAAAGAUCAACACCGGUCUCCAGAUGGUCUAUAUAGGAGGGUUGGUAUUCAAGCCUGCCAUUGAAUCAUUCUUGGGUAUAGAUUUAGAAACGGCAGCUUUGGGGAUGGGAACUCUCGUCAGUGCCACCACCUUGUUGAGUGGUAUCACUUAUGUGUUGAACAGAAACUCGUUCAAAUACAUCAAAUAA